CAAAUCCCACGCCCGAUCCCGCUCUCUCCCUAAACUCAGUGUCUGAGGAGAGAGAUAGAGACGAAGAGAGAGAAAAAGAGAAGGAGAGUCCAUUUCAGAGAACGAAACGUUUCGAAUCUCAGAGAGAGAUUCAGAGAAAUUUGUUCGACCAUUUCUGGGUUCAGAUCUGCUUCUAUCGAUACCACUUGAAGUUCAUUUCGAUUCUCUCCUUUCGCCGUGAAAAUUCAAAAUGUCAGGUCGCCAUGAGAAAGAGAAAGGCGUCAAUGUUCAAGUCCUUCUUCGUUGCAGACCGUUCAGCGAAGAUGAGUUGCGGAGCAAUGCGCCGCAAGUGGUGACUUGCAAUGAUUACAUGAGAGAAGUGGCUGUGUCCCAGAGCAUUGCGGGGAAGCACAUAGACAGAGUUUUUACUUUCGAUAAGGUUUUUGGCCCCUCUGCUCAGCAGAAAGAUCUUUAUGAACAAGCCGUGAUUCCAAUUGUACAUGAAGUCUUGGAAGGCUUUAAUUGUACCAUUUUCGCCUAUGGUCAAACUGGUACAGGAAAAACGUAUACAAUGGAGGGUGAAUGCAAAAGAGCAAAGAGUGGACCUAAUGGAGAAUUGCCUCCUGAGGCUGGGGUGAUUCCUAGGGCUGUUAAGCAGAUAUUUGAUACCCUUGAGAGCCAGAAUGCCGAGUACAGUGUAAAAGUCACCUUUUUAGAACUUUAUAAUGAGGAGAUCACUGAUUUACUUGCCCCUGAAGAGAUUUCCAGAGUUAUGUUGGAGGAGAAGCAAAAAAAGGCGUUGCCUUUGAUGGAGGAUGGGAAAGGUGGAGUUCUUGUUAGAGGUUUGGAGGAAGAAAUUGUGACAAGUGCAAAUGAAAUUUUUACUUUACUUGAAAGAGGGUCUGCAAAACGACGCACUGCAGAAACUUUUUUGAACAAGCAGUCGAGUCGGUCACACUCUCUAUUUUCCAUAACCAUUCACAUUAAAGAAGCUACACCAGAAGGUGAAGAAUUAAUCAAGUGUGGAAAGUUGAAUCUAGUUGAUUUGGCAGGAUCUGAGAAUAUUUCUCGUUCUGGAGCUCGAGAGGGGCGUGCUAGAGAAGCUGGAGAGAUUAACAAAAGUUUACUGACUUUAGGAAGGGUAAUAAAUGCUCUGGUGGAACAUCUGGGGCAUAUUCCAUAUAGGGAUAGCAAGCUAACACGGUUACUUCGUGACUCACUUGGGGGAAGAACCAAGACAUGCAUCAUAGCUACAGUUUCGCCGGCUGUCCAUUGUCUCGAGGAAACGUUGAGCACACUGGAUUAUGCACACCGCGCGAAGAAUAUAAAGAAUAAGCCUGAGGUUAACCAAAAAAUGAUGAAAUCAACACUUAUCAAAGAUCUUUAUGGUGAAAUUGAGCGCCUUAAGUCAGAGGUUUAUGCUGCACGUGAGAAAAAUGGUGUCUAUAUCCCGAAAGAAAGAUACUUUCAGGAGGAAAGCGAAAGAAAGGCCAUGGCUGACCAAAUUGAGCAAAUGGGGGUUACUCUAGAAAACCAUCAGAAGCAAUAUGAGGAAUUGCAAGAUAAGUAUAAAGUCCAGGUUCAACAAUGCAAUGAUUUGAGUAGCAAACUUGAAGGCACAGAGAAAAACUUAAAUCAAACCUCUAAACUGCUUGCUAACACGGAGGAAGAAUUAAGAAAAUGCCAUUAUUCCCUGAAGGAGAGGGAUUUUAUUAUAUCAGAACAGAAGAAAGCAGAAAAUGCGCUGGCCCAUCAAGCAUGUGUUUUACGAUCUGACUUGGAGAAGGCACUUGGAGAUAAUGCUUUGUUGUUUCAGAAAAUCAAUAGAGAGGACAAGAUGAGUUCUGAUAAUAGAUCGUUGGUCAACAAUUACCAAUUAGAGCUUGGGAAGCAAAUCAAAUCUCUUUGCAACUAUGUUGAAAAGUCAUUGUCUAAUCAGGAAGGACACAUUCAGUGUGUUGACAAACUUUGUCGAACAUUUUUAGAUGCACAUGACAAGGCUGUUAUUGACUUGAAAAAGAAAGUUAAAUCUUCAAGGGCUUUGUAUCUUUCUCACAUAGAGGCAAUGCAAAAUGUUGUUCGUUUGCACAAGGCGAGCUCUGAUGCUGGUUUGGAGGAAGUUUCUUCUUUGGCUUCUUCUAGUGCACAUUCUGUUGAAGAUUUCCUAGCAUCUGAGGCUGGUAAAAUAGACUCCAUAUUUGGUGAUCUUCAGAGUUCUCUUUCAACACAGCAGGGCGAGAUGGCCCUUUUUGCAAGGGAGUUGCGGCAGAGAUUCAAUACCUCUGUUGAUCAAAUAAAGGACAUAUCUGAAUACUCUCAAGGAUAUCUGCAAAAGCUUUUUGAUGAGAGAAAAAGGCUUGAAUCUCACGUUUCAGCAGUUAGUGAAAUAAAAAUGAAGACUAUUGCCGAGUUUCAGAAGGCUUAUGAGGAUCAAUCUAAAUCUGAUGCAGAGAAACUUAUGGCUGACAUUACUUGCUUGGUCACCAACCACAUGUGUCGUCAAAAAGAAAUGGUGGAUGCCAGGCUUGUUGGUUUACGAGAUGGUGCAAUUGCAGACAAGGAAUUUUUGGAUGGUCAUGUUUCCUCAAUGGAAGGUAUUACAAAUGAUGCAAAACGAAAAUGGGAGUCAUUCUCAACGCAAGCAGAAAAUGAUGCCAAAGAUGGUGCUGUACACUCUGCUGCAAAGCAUUGUCGUAUGGAGGUACUUCUGCAACAAUGUGUAAGCACCGCUGAUUCUGCUUUCAAGCAAUGGAAGAUGACACAAGAGUCUGUGAAUGAGAUGGAAGCAAAGCAUGUGGCGGCUGUUACGACAUUUACCAGGAAUGCUUCUGAGGGCAAUGAACAACAUGAUGCUGAGAUCAAUUCUGCAAGGGUAGCAGCUGAGCAAGAUGUAGCAAAGAAUAACGAGGAGCUGCUUCAGUCUGUCGAUAGUGUGUCCGAGCAAGAAAGAGAGUCUAUAUCUGGAAUCCAGGAGACAGUCAAAGCUCAUUCAAGUACCUUGGAAACUUUCAGGGUGGAUCACUCUGGUCAUGCUACAACCAUUGAGGAGAAGGCUCGGGAAACCUUCAUCAACCAGUACAUGGAUUAUGAGCCUACUGGAAGUACGCCAGUAAGGACUGAGCAGGACAUUCCAACCAAAGGGACAAUAGAGUCACUCCGAGCCAUGCCGAUGGACUCUCUUGUUGAGGAAUUUCGGGAAAACAAUUCGUAUGAAUCGUUUGACGGAAAAGAGUUGAAACCGUCCCUCAUACCACGCUCUCCCCUUACACAAAUCAAUUGAGAUUUUUAUUGAUUUAAAGCUCAUUUUACUUUAUGUCAUGCUGUAUCUGUAUAAUUAGUGUAUACACUGUUGAUUAUUUUGCUUGUGCUAUUGUUUUGUAAGAUGUAGCAGAAGAAUAUAUGGAUGGAGCCUGGAGGGGUGGUGGGAUCUGGGAAUGGGUAUUUCUUAUUGAGGGUGUCAAUAAAUCCCACCUUGGGAUUUUGGCAAUUUGUAGCUGGAUAAUGGAAUGUAUAUUGUUUAAGGAUAAUGCCUUUUUUAAGUUUUUAUUA